CUUCACGCGCAGCGCUUGCUGCACCCCGAUUCGUCAUGGCCGCGCACCACAACUUCGAGGCAAUGGCCUCCAAACUGGAGGAUUCAAACUCAGAUAUGAGAGUCAAGUCAAUCCAGCUGACGGAGAUUCGCGAUAACAUCGAGAGCUUCUGUCAAGGCCCACAAUAUGGCGUGUUCUUGAAUCACUUGAUUCCAAUCUUCCUAAAGAUCCUCGAUGGCCCCCCGGUGUUCAUUUCCACCUCCCCCGAGCAGCGAGUGCGAAAUACCAUCCUCGAGGUCUUGCAUCGCUUACCCAUGAACCCUAUCGAAAUCGUCGAGCCGUAUGCGGCUAGGAUCGUGGACAAGCUCAUGAGCUUGGUGAAGAUUGAAAACGAGGAAAACGCCGUGCUCUGUAUGAAGACGAUCAUGGAUUUCAGCCGGAGUCAUACCAAAGCCCUUGUGGAUCGCGUACAACCCUUCCUGGAUCUGAUCCAGGAGAUGUUUGAAUGCAUGGAUACAGCAGUGCAGGAGACUUUCGACAGCGCGACUCCAGCUCCGGCCUCGCAAGUUGUGCCUUCGACGCCCAACACCCACCAAUACUCACAAUCUCCGCGCCCAAACUCGCCGGCGACGUCAUUGACCUCGGGUUCUUCCGGGGAGAUUGGAGCGGAGCAUCAACAGACACGAAUGCUUCUCAAAGGCAUGCAGUCUUUCAAAGUGUUGGCUGAAUGCCCAAUCAUCGUGGUGUCGCUUUUCCAGGCCUACCGCAGCGUGGUGAACAAGAACGUGAAGCUUUUUGUACCACUAAUAAAGAAUGUGCUGCUGUUACAAGCAAAACCCCAGGAGAAAGCACACCAGGAAGCUGCUGCACAAGGAAAGAUAUUCACAGGGGUCAGCAAAGACAUCCGGAAUCGAGCAGCUUUUGGCGAGUUCAUCAAUGCUCAGGUUAAGACUAUGAGCUUUUUGGCGUAUUUGCUGAGGGUGUAUUCGCAGCAGCUGAACGAUUUCCUACCUACCUUGCCUGACAUUGUUGUGCGGCUCUUGAAAGAUUGCCCUCGCGAGAAAUCGAGUGCCAGGAAGGAACUGCUGGUUGCUAUUAGACACAUCAUCAACUUCAACUUCCGGAAAAUAUUCUUGAAGAAAAUCGACGAUCUUUUAGAAGAGCGGACGCUCAUUGGGGACGGCUUGACUGUGUACGAAACGAUGAGGCCGUUGGCGUACAGUAUGGUGGCCGACUUGAUACACCAUCUACGUGACUCCCUCAACAAGGAACAGAUCAGGCGCACAGUGGAGGUCUACACCAAAAAUCUUCACGACACAUUCCCAGGCACGAGUUUCCAGACAAUGAGUGCGAAGCUUUUACUCAACAUGGCCGAAUGCAUAGCAAAAUUGGAGUCGAAAGAGGAUGCUAGAUAUUUUCUCAUCAUGAUUCUCAACGCUAUUGGCGAUAAGUUUGCAGCUAUGAACCGCCAGUACGAAAACGCUGUCAAGGUAUCUGCAGCGUACAGCUCGCCGUCUAUCGAUGCUGCGGAAGAGAACCACAUGCCAGUACAAUCCUGCCCUCCAGAUUGGGAUGAGAUCGAUAUAUUCAACGCGACUUCUAUCAAGACUACAAACCCAAGAGAGAGGAGUUCCGAUCCCAUAGCCGACAACAAGUUCCUGUUUAAGAAUCUUCUGCAUGGCUUGAAGAAUCUCUUCUACCAGCUUCGAGCAUGCAAUCCCGCCAAGAUCAAGGACGAAAUCGAUGCUUCUAACGCGUCUGCCAACUGGCAUGAGGUCUCAUUUGGAUAUAACGCGGAGGAGGUCGAGGUUCUGAUCAAGCUGUUCCGCGAGGGUGCCAGUGUCUUCCGCUAUUAUGACUCGGAUAAGCCUGCGGAUACCUCAUCAUUAUCCCCCGGUGAUCUCAUGGCAAAUCUGCACAUGAUGACAAGCGGAAAGGAGGAGAAAGAGCUUCUCGAGACAUUCGCCACUGUAUUCCAUCACAUCGAUCCGGCCACGUUCCACGAAGUGUUUUCCUCGGAGAUACCACACCUAUAUGAAAUGAUGUUUCAUCAUCCAGCGCUACUUCAUGUGCCCCAGUUUCUACUUGCAUCAGAGGCCACAUCCCCAAGUUUUGCGGGAAUGCUGUUGCAAUUUCUGAUGGAUCGGAUAGAAGAAGUUGGGACAUCUGACGUGAAGAAGUCUUCCAUAUUAUUGCGACUCUUCAAGCUUUCGUUCAUGGCUGUUACUCUGUUCUCCGCUCAAAAUGAGCAAGUGCUAUUGCCUCAUGUCAGCAAAAUCAUCACCAAGUCAAUCCAGCUCUCGACAACGGCCGAGGAACCCAUGAAUUAUUUCCUCCUGUUGCGGUCUCUUUUCCGUAGUAUCGGUGGCGGUAGAUUUGAACACCUGUACAAGGAAAUUCUUCCCUUGCUCGAGAUGUUGCUGGAUGUUCUGAACAAUUUGCUGGCCACUGCGCGCAAGCCUGCCGAACGAGACCUUUUCGUCGAAUUAUCACUGACGGUUCCAGCACGACUUAGCAAUCUCCUUCCUCACUUGAGUUAUUUGAUGAGGCCGCUGGUUGUAGCGCUGCGCGCCGGAUCCGAGCUCGUUGGGCAAGGCCUUAGGACGCUGGAAUUAUGUGUUGAUAAUCUCACUGCUGAUUAUCUCGAUCCUAUCAUGGCGCCCGUGAUCGACGAGCUCAUGGCAGCACUCUGGGAGCACUUGAAACCGCAACCAUACAGUCAUUUCCAUGCACACACUACGAUGCGUAUCCUCGGUAAGCUUGGGGGUAGAAAUCGCAAGUUUGUCACUGGUCCGCCUGCAUUGGAAUACAAGCCAUACUCUGACGAUCAGUCCUCCAUCGACAUCCGUCUCAUUGGCUCGACCAAGGAUCGCGCAUUUCCCGCCGAUAUAGGAAUUGAAACAGCCAUUGCGAAGCUACACGAGGUCCCGAAGGUGCCGGCAGCUAAAAAAUCUGAUCCAUUCCACAAGCAACAAGCUUUCCGGCUCAUUACUGCGCACACGAAGCUAAUGGUAGGUUUUGACAAUCUGCCCGAUGAUUUCGCCCAGCUGGUGCGCUUGCAGGCAAACGACCUGUUCGAUAGGAAGACGGAUGUAGGAGGGGAUCUUCUCACAAUCUCGGAACGAGAAAAGUCCAUCAACAAGAAGAACGUCGAGCAGGAGACUUUGAAGAAGCUGCUGAAGGCAUGCAUAUUUGCUGUUUCGAUUCCAGAUCUCAAACCAGAUGCAGAUGCACUGGUCGGCAACCUGGCGAGACACUUCGCCUUACUGGAGCUUGGAAGCCACUUCGCACAUAUGAAACACCGCAACAAACCCUUCGACGUACGUUCUGGAGAGGGACCAAUCGCUAUUGAAAGCGACGUGUUCUCGGAAGCUCUAGGUGACUCUCUUGCAUCGGAGCACGCUGAAGUGCGCGACGCGGCUGAAGCAGCUAUCCUGACAAUGCGGGAUGCUGCCACAGCAAUAUUCGGAGGACAGGACAAACUGGACAGAUUCCCUUUCUUUGAAGAACUGUCAAGGAUCUUCUGCCACAAUUGCCAUGCCGAUGAUUGGUUCAUGAAGAGUGGGGGCACUCGAGGUAUUGAGAUAUUGAUCAAAAAACUUGGUCUAGGCAGCUCGUGGAUGAACAAUCGGCAUUUUGAGCUCACCCGCGCAUUGAAUUUUGUCACGAAAGAUAUGCCGACUGACCUUGAUUCCAAGACUCGCGUGCAAGCCGAAGGCCUUCUCGAAGAACUGCUCCGACAGUGCUACAAGACCACGACCAAAGAAGAGUUUGAUAAACCUAGCAGCAUGCUACUCAAACUCUGUGGACAACUCGUCGGCGAUCUAUCCCACAUGAAUAAGAACGUGCGCGAAGCUACCCAGAAAGCGUUCCAUGUCCUCUCAGAGGUUACCGGUCUGGGAGUUCAUGAACUCAUAUUGCCUGUCAAAGACCGACUGGUGAUGCCUAUUUGGACGAAACCUCUCCGCGCACUACCCUUCGGCAUACAGAUUGCGUACAUCGAUGCGAUCACGUUCUGCUUGAAACUCAAAAACAACAUCUUAGAGUUCAAUGAUCAACUGAAUAGGCUUCUGAUGGAAUCACUAGCGUUGGCAGAUGCGGAUGACGAAGCUCUUGCAACGAAGCCAUUUGAGCAGCGAAAUGCAGAACAUAUCAUCAAUCUACGAGUCGCUUGCAUUCGUCUGCUGUCUACUGCUCAAACUUUCCCCGAGUUCUCACCCACUCCUACCACGCAGCCAUUCCUCAAGAUCAUUGCAGUUUUCUUCAAGUGCCUUUACUCCAAGUCACCAGAAAUCAUCAAUGCAGCAAAUGUCGGGCUUUCGGGUAUCGUUGGGUCAACCAACAAGCUGCCCAGGGAUGUCCUUCAAAGCGGACUUCGACCUAUCCUCGUCAACCUCCAGGAUCCCAGGAAACUCAGUGUUGAGAACUUGGAUUGCCUCGCACGCCUUUUGAAGUUGCUAGUCAACUACUUCAAAGUCGAAAUUGGAUCGAAGCUUCUCGAUCACUUGAAGAUAAUUGUGGACCCGGUCAGUCUUCAGAAGAUUUCGUUCACGAUGAUUGAGCAGCAUCCAAAGAUGAAACUUGCUGCCGGGAUUUUUAACAUCUUCCACCUCCUGCCCACUCCUGCUGCAGGCGUCUUCCUCAGCAAAGUGGUAGACAAAGUGAUCGAGCUAGAGGCUGCAUUGCGCCGUACCCAUUACAGCCCCUUCCGCAAGCCAGUCAUCAAAUAUCUGUGCAGAUUUUCAAAGGAAUCCAUCGAUCACUUCCUGCCAAACCUGAAAGAUGAAGUGCAGGGUCGGCUAUUUGCUCAGCUCCUGGAGGACCCCGCAAGCAAAGCGCUGAGGGACGAGCUCAUGAGCGAUAUCCCAAAGUUCAUUACCGCAUUUGAAUUCGAGGGAUCCGACAAAGAAAAGUGCCAAGCUCAACUCAACGCAAUACAUGUUGCUUAUUCACUGAGCAAAUUCAACAACCUCGAUAACGAUGCGCUACGGAAGUCUGUUUUCGAUGCUGCCCGGUCUCUAGAGAAGAAGCUUCGCCAGAAUUCAAUCGACGCAAGUCUGCGACUGGCUACUGAGCAGGCCAGCGAGCAUGCCAUGGCUGUGUUCAUCAACUACUUGAAAAAUGACCCACACAACCUGGACUUCUUCUUUGAGCUCAUCGAUGCGGUCACUUUAGAAGAGGUGAAGCCGCUUCCACAGUUGUUCAACUUCAUCUAUGAACAUAUUGUCUCGAGUGAGUCGGUGGAUUAUUGGAAGACAUUGAUCAACCGAUCUAUCGAUAUCUAUACCAGUCGUACCUCGACUCAGCAAGCCAAGACUUUUGUUUUCCACUAUAUCGUCAAUCCCAUCGUUGCCAUGGAUGUCAAACGAAACUGGGAUUCACUGUUCGGCCAAUCGAAGGGCACGAAACUGAUGGACCGUGCUAUGAGCGAUACUAUCCAUAAUAGGUUAUGGUUGCCACAUUCUACGAUGGACAUCUCGGAAGACACUGCACAGAUUGGGGUAGAUCAUUCCCGAAUGGAACUGUUCCAGCUAGCUACUCUUCUCAUCAAACACUACCCCGGGAUGAUUCAAGAAACUCGCAAGGAUGUCAUCAAAUUCGCCUGGAACUACAUCAAGGUGGAAGAUGUUAUUAGCAAAUACGCCGCGUAUGCGUUGACUGCUUUCUUCAUCGCCGUAUUUGACACGCCAAUAAAGAUUGUCGUUCAAGUCUAUCAGACCUUACUUCGUGCGGACAAGAAUGAUGCCAAAUCACUGGUCAUGCAGGCACUCGAGUUAAUGGCUCCUGUCCUCAAAAAGCGAUUGGGCGGAGACGCGAAAGCGGCCAUUCCUCGAUGGUCUCAGUUCGUUCGCAAGAUCUUGUCAGAGGAAAGCUCCAACUUGCAGCAGCUGACUAACAUUUUUAACUUCUUAGUACGCCACCCAGAUUUGUUCUUCGAAGCGAGAGAGUCUUUAUCUGGAAUCAUCAUCACCUCACUCUCCAAGAUUGCACAACCACCCAACCCUUCGACCGAGGCCAAAAAGUUAGCGCUGAACAUGAUCAGCCUUAUCAGGAAUUGGGAAGAACGGGCUGCGAGUCUACCCAGUUCCAUUAGCGACCGUGCUUCUCAAUCCCCCCAAGCUACCAAGAGAAAAUCGGACGGGCUUGCUGUCCCUAGCCCCAGCGCGCCAGCCCACAAAUUUGUCGCACAAGCCAGUAUCCGCAUGAUGUUGAUUAAGUAUCUCAUCCAAUUCAUCGCCUACCUUCCUGAGCGCUAUCCUGUUGCAACCCCGAAGGCAAAAGAAGCCACGGUGCUCACCCCGAUCUCGACACAAUCUACGGAGAUUUGCCGGAAAUCUAUACAACUCCUUCACGACCUCCUCUCACCCCGAUUGUGGAACGAUCUCGACCUUGAUGUCAUGCUCAUGAAGAAGAUUGAAGAAAUUCUGACGGCAGAUAAGAAAGCGGAAGAGAAGCAAGAUGCGUUCGAUACUCGUAUGAUCAAUACUCUCCAAAUUUUCAAGGUAAUUGUCAAUGUCAAGUCGGACGAAUGGGUGCUACAGCGUUUGCCACAAUUUCAGAGGAUUUUGGAGAAACCAUUACGACUAGACAGUGCAGAUGUACAAGCCAGUCUUCACGCGACAGACGAUAACGAGACAGAGACAGCGAAACUACAGCCGACCCUGAAGCGUAUCCUUGAGGUGAUGCCCGAGCCAGUGACAGACGAAGAAGGAAAUACAGAAGAGACGACCUCAACGGAGUUUGUCACCUUCAUCGGCACGAUCGCUACUGAGGCACUUUCCAAUGGAUCAUACAUUUGCGCCAUAAACACCCUGUGGAGCCUUUGCCAGAAGCGUCCCGAGGAGAUCGAUCAGCAUAUCCCCCAACUCAUGAAGGCUUUCCAGGGCAAAAUGGCCAAGGAUCAUCUCGCUGCUCACGGUGGCCCUAACCCACCUGGUGGUCCUCCCGGUGUACGUCCUGAGAGCGCAUCGCAGGAUUCUGACCGUCGCGAGGUAGAGAUUCAGACGGAUUUGGUGCUCAAGGUGAUCGACAUUCUUGCCGCGCGGAUGAAUGAGCUUGGAGAAAAUCGACGACCUUACCUAAGCGUCCUUGCCAGUCUUGUUGAACGUUCUCAAAGCAACAUCGUGUGCAUGAAGGUCCUCGAUUUGGUGGAAACAUGGAUUUUCCAUUCCACAGAACCAGUACCCACAUUGAAAGAAAAGACGGCUGUGUUAAGCAAAAUGCUGUUGUUUGAACAUCGGCAAGACACUUCACUUCUCAACCGAUUCCUGAACCUUGUUAUUCGAAUCUACGAAGACCCAAAAAUCACGCGGUCCGAGCUCACUGUACGAAUGGAGCAUGCUUUCCUCAUUGGCACACGCGCGCAGGACGUUGAGAUGCGCAACCGAUACAUGACAAUCUUCGACAGGAGUCUGAGCCGUACCGCAGCGAGUCGACUGAGCUAUGUUCUGGCAUCGCAGAAUUGGGACACUCUCAGCGACAGCUACUGGCUCAGCCAAGUCAUCCACUUGAUGUUCGGAUCUGUCGAAAUGAACACGCCUGCUCAACUCCAUGUAGAGGACUUCAAGCUACAACAGGCAGCUACCGUCUUUGGCACUUAUAACAAGGAUCCGAGGAUAGUCGAUGUCAUGGUAGACGAUGAACUGGAGAAUUUUGUCAAUGGCCACCGUCGCUUCUGCAGCCAACUCGGCGACGUCAAGGUCAAGGACAUCUUUGAACCCUUGGGCCAUCUCCAACACAACGACAGCAACCUCGCGCACGACAUUUGGGUCGCAUUCUUCCCUCUUGCCUGGACUGCACUGACCAAGGAUGAUCAGAGCGACCUCGAGAAAGGCAUCGCUGCGCUGUUAACCAAGGACUAUCAUUCUCGCCAGAUUGACAAGCGGCCCAACUGUGUUGCUAGCAUGCUCGAUGGUAUCGUUCACGCUAGGCCGAGGGUCAAAUUUCCUCCGCAUAUCAUGAAGUAUCUGGCGCGAACAUACAAUGCUUGGUACACGGGAGCCGUGUACAUGGAGGAAUCAGCCAUCACUCCCAUCGUAGAUACAGAAAAGCUACGAGAGAGCAAUCUCGACGCUCUCCUUGAAAUCUAUACCGGCCUGCAAGAAGACGACUUGUUUUAUGGCACUUGGCGACGCCGUUGCCAAUUUGUCGAGAGCAAUGCUGCACUGUCGUACGAGCAAAUCGGGGUCUGGGACAAGGCACAGCAAAUGUACGAAGCCGCGCAAAUCAAAGCGCGAACCUCUGUCCUACCUUUCUCUUCUGGUGAGUACAUGCUCUGGGAGGAUCACUGGGUCAUCUGUGCCCAGAAGCUACAGCAAUGGGAGGUUCUUAGUGAUUUUGCCAAACAUGAGAACUUCAACGAUUUGUAUCUGGAAGCGACUUGGCGUCAUUUCGAAGCCUGGCAGAACGCCGAACAGCGUGAACAGCUUGAUGCGACAAUCAAAGCUGUCAGUGACGCGCCUACUCCACGCCGCGUGUUCUUCCAGACUUUCAUGUCGCUACUCAAACUGCACGGCAAGACCGAAACACAACCCGAGUUCCACAGGCUGUGCGAUGAAUCGAUUCAACUCUCAAUCCGGAAAUGGCACCAGUUGCCACGACGUAUUACCCAAGCUCAUAUUCCGCUAUUGCAGCAUUUCCAGCAACUCGUGGAGUUACACGAUGCUAGCGUCAUCUGUCAAAGCCUUGCUCAAACUACAGCAGCCAACCUGGACCACAAGUCUCAAGAACUGAAAUUGCUUCUCAGUACCUGGCGAGAUCGUCUUCCAAACUUCUGGGACGACAUCAAUGCUUGGCAAGAUCUUGUCACAUGGCGUCAACACAUCUUCCAACUCAUCAAUGGUGUUUAUCUUCAACUUCUUCCGCCUAACCCAACCAACCCCAGCAGCAAUUCUUUCGCCUAUCGAGGCUACCACGAAACAGCGUGGAUCAUUAACCGGUUCGCCCAUGUCGCCCGCAAGCACAGCCUUCCGGACGUGUGCAUUCAGCAAUUGAGCCGCAUCUACACCCUCCCCAACAUCGAGAUUCAGGAGGCCUUCUUGAAACUCCGAGAGCAAGCCAAGUGUCAUUAUCAAAAUCGUUCGGAGCUCAACAAUGGGUUGGAUGUCAUCAAUAAUACGAACCUGAAUUAUUUCGGACCACAGCAAAAGGCGGAGUUCUACACGCUCAAAGGAAUGUUCCUUGCCAAAUUGAGCCAGGUACCCGAAGCCGAUGAGGCGUUUGGUACAGCAAUGCUAUUUGAUCUGAAGCUUGCUAAAGCCUGGGCUGAAUGGGGCCGGUACAACGAUAUGCUUUUCAAGGACAAUCCAGCCACACUAGACAAAGCGGAAGCAGCAUUGAGCUGCUACCUUGAGGCUGCCAGUUUGUAUAAGAAUGCAAAAUCCAGGAAGCUUCUCGGUCGCGUUCUCUGGCUGCUCAGCUUGGACACCCCCGAGCGCCAACUUGCUAUCAAAUUUGAGCAGUUCCAAGGCGAUACCCCAGCUUGGUACUGGAUAACGUAUAUUCCACAGCUGCUCAACAGCUUGUCCAGGUCAGAAGCGCCGGUUGCCCGAUCUAUUCUCGGGAAGCUGGCGAAAACAUAUCCUCAAGCUCUAUACUGCCACUUGAGGACCACACGCGAGGAUAUGGUGGUGUUGAAGAAGUCCCACGAGGCCAAAGAAGCAGCGAAAGAGAAGGCGGCAAAGGCAAAAGCGCAGCAAGCACAGGCGCAAGGCCAGAGCGCACAAGGUUCACCAGCAACGAAGCAGGGUUCACCAGAUGUUCGACCAGGAUCCAGCGGUAAUCAGCCAGCAUCCACAAAUGGCGACAACAAGCCCGCAGUCAAGGUCGAAGGUACUCAACAAGGCACUCCAAAUGGCGCACCUGCAGAUGAGGCUCCACCCGCACCAAAACGACCUUGGGAUCACGUGGAAGAGAUCUCGGCAAUUCUCAAAACCGCGUUUCCUCUUCUCGCGCUGUCCAUGGAAACUAUGCUUGAUCAAAUUCAGAAGAACUUCAAGUGCCCACCAGAUGAAGAUGCCUACCGACUCAUUGUGGCCUUGCUCAACGACGGCCUGGCUUAUGUAGGACGAUCGCCUAAUCUAUAUGCCCAAGAGAUACGGUUACCUCACACUACGGAAGCCAACAUCACUCGAUUCGCCGAGUCGGUGCUUCCACCGCACAUUCGCAAGGCGUUUGAAAGCGACUUUGUUCAACACAAACCUACCAUGUACGAAUACAUACAGAAGCUCCGUGUCUGGCGGAACCGCUUUGAAGAGAGGUUGGACCGAAGGAAGCUCAGUGUUCCUCUGGAAAAUUACACACAUCAACUCAGCGAAUUCCGUUUCCUCCGGUUCGAUGACGUGGAAGUGCCUGGCCAAUAUCUACAGCAUCGCGACAAGAACUCAGACUUUGUUCGCAUCGAACGGUUCCUGCCCAAUGUCGAAUUGGUACGGGGUGUUGGUAUUUGCCACAGGAGACUCACGAUUCGUGGACAUGAUGGAAGCAUUCAUCCGUUUGCUAUCCAAUUCCCCGCCGCGAGGAGCUCCAGGCGGGAAGAGAGGAUUCUCCAGCUGUUCCGCAUUUUCAGUGGCAUUCUAUCUAAACGAAAGGAGAGCCGCAGGAGGAAUCUACAAUUCCACCUUCCGCUCAUGAUACCCAUUACACCUAGUGUCCGCAUGGUGCAGGAUGAUGCUUCAUAUAUCAGCAUGCAGGGCAUUUUCGAAGACUAUUGUAGGCGCAACGGUAUCAAUAAAGACGAGCCCGUUCUAUUUAGCAUCGAGAAGCUGAGGGCUUUGCAGCCAAAGAACGUCGAGCACGCCGCGUCCGUAAAGCUCGAAACCUUUGCUGCCGUUCAAGAGAAAUACGUCCCACCGACUGUUCUCAUAGACUAUUUCCGCGCCACCUAUCCCAACUUUGCAGACUUCUGGCUCUUCCGUCGCACCUUCUCCUAUCAGUUGGCCACCCUCACCUUCGUGACAUAUAUCAUGCACAUGAACACGCGGUAUCCGCACAAGAUCAGUAUUUCCCGCGGCAGCGGCCAGGUCUGGGGCUCAGAGCUCAUCCCUAGCAUGGCAGUCGGCAAGCCCAUCCUACACAACAACGAACCUGUACCCUUCCGCUUGACGCCCAAUAUGCAAGUGCUCCUCGGGCCUCUUGCUCUUGAAGGCAUCUUCGCGCCCUCUGUCAUGAGUAUCGCGCGCUGCCUCAUUGAGCCAGAAGGCGAACUUGAGAUGCAACUCGCCAUCUUCAUGCGCGAUGAAAUGAACCACUGGUUCACUAGCCAACACAAACCUCUCAGCGCCGAAACACUUCGCGAGAGCGUGCAGAACAAUUCGGAAGCUAUUGUACGGAGGGCUACUUCUAUGGGCAGUUUGCCUGGUGGUGCAAAUCUGCCGGCGAAUCAGACCAUGGUGGAUCUUGUCGCGCAAGCGGUGCACCCAGCGAAGCUGAGCCAGGCGGAUCCGUUGUGGAUGGGGUACCUGUAG